UUGCACAGUGCUGUCGUACUUGGAAGCAGAGAAGAUUUUCUCUUGGCCAUGAUCCCGUCCAACAACGAAGUCCACAUCGCGGAUUGCUAGUUCCUCUUUGUGCAGAACUGGAUCCACCGCGCCGCGAUCGCGGGGCAUCGCGGAGUCGCACAUGGCUCACUACACCCGAAAGCUGUUUGAAACACAACGCCACCCGUGGAUGGGAGCCGCUGACGCGGUUUCCUGCUGCACAAACCCCCGCUGGAGGCAGUCAACCUACUUCCGGUUGCUAACUGUAUUUCCGGUUCGUCGUGGCGCCAUUGACGGGGUCAUCGGUCGCAUGAAGCGUGCCUUAUCCCUCGCCGAACUAAGCGAUGUACAGUUCGCCGUGGGACGCGAUCAUGGCCAAGAGAAGAUUUUUCAUGCUCACAACAUAUUCUUGAGCCUGAGCAGCGAUGUAUUUCACGCCAUGUUCUUCGGGAAUUUGGCUGACAACAAUCAGGACAUCAUCCAGAUCCCCGAGAUUCCGUCCGCAGCAUUUGCUAACAUGCUCAGUUACAUAUAUGAGAAUGCCGUGGACGAUCUGAAUUGGCAGAACGUAUUUCCCACUUUAUACUGCGCCGACAUGUAUGACCUGCCAUGGCUGGCGGAGAUCUGCUGCGUCUAUAUACAGGUGGAACUCAACACAAAGAACUGUCUCAUAGCUCUGGAAAAUAUUAACGUUUGGGGUCCGAAUUUCGACAGUAUUGUGGAGGCAUGUUUGGAUCUGAUAGACGCCUCGGACGGUGCCGUCUUCCAGUCGGAAUACUUCACGGGACUGAGCCAUGGAACGCUGCAGAUGGUUGUGCAACGCCCCACACUGGCAGCGCCCGAAUACAUCAUCUACACAGCUGUCGAGGCUAAGUGGCAUUUGCCAUUUUUAGACCGGAGCGAGUGGAGAGCACUGCAUGGGCUGUUGAGGCUUGCAAGCGCAAGAAUGUGGACCCAUCCACCAUUAACCGGCGGGAAAUCCUGGGUGCCGUUCUCUUCCUUGUUCGCUUUCCGCUGUUGACCGAUGUUGAGCUAGCCAGCGGUCCUCUCAAAAAUGCUUUGUUGCUUCCAGCGGAACUCUGGGACAUCUUCAUGUACAAACAUAACAACGAGAAUCUCGUGCUGCCUUUUGACUGUCAACCGCGCAGUUACCUGCAAUACCGAGUCGGGGAGGCGGUAUUCAAACACAACGAAACGGUAUUUGCGCAGGGCCUCGAUGACGUCUGGUACCCGGCGGAGGUCAUCGGAGUGUCAGAGCAGAAUGUCAGGAUUCACUGGAUGAGAAAGAACAAUAAAUGCUGGCCCUUCAUGAGCCCUCAGUACGUCAUUCGUGCUGCGGAUAUUCUGCAACGUGGCCAACGGCUCCAUAUCCUCGUUUCGGGUGUGCCCGGUGUGGUUAGCUACUGUCACCGACGGGCGGGCCAGCAUGUGGUGGAGGUUGAUGGGCGGGAAAUGUCGUUUAAGACGGAGGAUCUGCUGCUGCGUCAAGACGAGGUCAUAGCGUGGGAAGCGGCCAACAAAAACGAAGUAAAUGGUUGAAAAUAUGCCAUUAUAUGCAGUACUCGUAUAACAUUAACCGGUAAUACGCGCAGGCUGUUUUGCUGCUUAUUGAGCAAGUCUUCUUUGUAAUCUCGCUUCGGUUUUGUUAUGGGCAUGUUUCGGAUCAUCCUACUCUA